AUGAGCAGCCCUGAGCCACCCACCAAAACCCCCAGACCCAACACCCCCACCUGGCUGACUCAGCCCACAUGCAGCCACCUUGGUGAGCCACCUAAAGGGGCCCUGGGCUGGGGGAAGGAGGGGACAGUGUCAUCCCGGUCCUCCUCAACUGAUCCACAGUCCCCACCCCCACCACUGCCUAAGAAAACCCUAACCAGGACCAGGUCCCUGCCCGCCCAAAGGGCUCCCAGCCCCAGCCCUACUCCAGCAGGGCAGCCUCAGAGGCCCCUUCUGGGGUCCCAUAGUGUGGACAAGAAGCUGCCCUUCUGCUCGCUGAACACUGAGCUGAGCCUGUCCUUCCAUAACCUACACCAGCCAGAGGCCGUGUAUGCUAUGCUGGAGGCCUGGCAACUGGAGGGCAUUCUGCUCCAUGCAUGCCUGGCUCCCGGCCCAGUUCCUGGGGGGCCACCUGGCCCCUGCUGCCCGGGUCACAACUUCCACCUCCUGAACAGGUCGACCUGUAUGGAGAGCAGCAGGGACGCCCUAUACUACGGAAUGGUGCCCAAGCCUGGAGCCAAGAGGCGCCACCCGCGGGUCCUGGAGCUGCAGGCCUCGCUGCCCCUGCACUUCAACCUCCAGGGGCUCUGCGGUCUAGUGUCUGAGCGUGAACUGCCUGAGAGGCGCCCUGGAGCUGCCUGUGGCGCUGGCGGCGGAGCCCUGAGGUGCUGCGCGCUUCAUGCCAGAGCUAUAGGGCCGCAGAGCAACGCAGGGCCCUGGCUGCGGGUGUGCAGCGCGCUGCUGGUCCUGCACCUGGCUGAACGGGCCUUGCGGGUGGGGAGGAGCCCAGCCUGGAAGGACUAGCUGAGCUGUGAAUACCUGUCAAAGGUCACAAAAGGCUCGCUGGGCUGCAUCGCCCUCCCAGAGCGACUUGCCUGUUCCAGGGCCUCUGCAAGAGACAGGCACGCCUUCCGGCAUUGGGGCUGGUGGCAGUGUCUUCACAAUAUGAUGGACACCUACUUCCAGAAGAGGCCAGAGGCUAGUGGAGAGUGCAGGUGUAUGGACACCCCUCCUCCAAUUCCUGCCCCUUUCCCUUGGGCCCAAGUCCACCCUUAG